AUGGACCCCUCAUCCACCUGCUACUCGAUAGUACACGAUGAUCUCAUCGAGUCACCCAACGCUUCCGAGCUCAGGAACGCGCUCCAGAAGGGCUCGGAUGAGGUCAAGCUCGAGACUAUGCGGAGGAUCAUUGUCGGGACUUUGAACGGGCAGUCAUAUCCGCAACUCCUCAUGCCAAUCAUCCAAUAUGUCAUGCCGUCGCGGAACAAGCAGCUCAAGAAGAUGCUGCACUUCUACUGGGAGAUCUGCCCCAAGCUCGACGACAAUGGGAAGCUCAAGCACGAGAUGAUUCUUGUUUGCGACGCAACAAGAAGAGACCUGCAACAUCCUAACGAGUACAUCCGCGGCGCGACUCUACGAUACCUCCAGAAGAUCCGGGAACCGGAAUUGCUCGAACCCCUCAUCCCCACUGUCCGGUCAUGUCUGGAGCACCGUCAUUCCUUCGUCCGCAAGAACGCCGUAUUCGCCGUCUACUCCAUCUACCAAGACCACGAGCACCUCAUUCCCGACGCGCCAGAGCUGCUGGACACGUUUCUCGCUGCGGAAUCUGACAUGACCUGCAAGCGGAACGCAUUCGUCACACUCUGCAACAUCUCGCAGCCUACUGCUGUGCGGUACCUGCUGAGCAACUUUGACUCGAUUGGCGGGAUGGACGAGUUGAUGCAAAUGGCGGUCAUUGAGCUGGUCAGGAAGGAGGCCAAGACGGAAGGUGGACACAGGGCAAAAUGGAUCCGGUGCAUCUUUGAGCUGCUCAACUCCCCCUCGCAUGCCGUCAAGUAUGAAGCUGCGACCUCCCUUACCACCCUCACCCAAAACCCCGCUGCCGUCAAGGCCGCCGCUGCCGCCUUUGCCGAACUCAUCGUCAAGGAGGCCGACAACAACGUCAAGCUCAUCGUCCUGGACCGUUUCAACACCCUUCGGUCCAAGCACGAGCACGUUCUUGAUGGAAUGGUCAUGGACAUUCUCAAGGUGUUGAGCAGCCAGGAUAUGGAGGUGAAGCGCAAAGCGAUCGGGAUUGCGCUGGAGAUGGUCUCGAGCAGGAAUGUGGAGGAUGUGGUGUUGUUCUUGAAGAAGCAGCUGCAGGGGACGAUGGAGUCGGAGUUUGAUAAAAACUUGGAGUACCGCCAAUUGCUCAUUCAAAGCAUCCACUCUUGCGCCAUCAAAUUCUCGGAAGUGGCUGCGAAUGUAGUUUACGUCCUCAUGGAGUUCUUGGGCGACUCGAACAACCCUUCGGCUGUCGAUGUCAUUGCCUUCGUCCGCGAAGUCGUGGAGAAGUUCCCGAAGCUCCGGACCGCAAUCACCGAGAAGCUCGUUGCUACCUUCAGCGAGAUCAAGUCGGGCAAGGUAUACCGAGGCGCGCUGUGGAUUGUGGGAGAGUACUGCGAGCAGGUCUCAGAUAUCAAGCAGGCGAUGCAAGAGAUCCGGAAAGUCCUCGGCGAGAUCCCCAUUCUGGCUUCGGAGCAGCGACUAUUCGACGAAGCAGCUUCAUCAGACGAGGCUGCUACUGAGAAGAAGGACGAUGCGCCAAAAGCGGUCACCAAGACCCGGGUACUUGCCGACGGGACAUACGCCACCGAAACGACCUACACCUCCAACGCCGACGCCGCGCGACUCGAGGCCGUCCGGUCUGCUGCUAAGCCUCCCCUCCGUUCCCUCAUCCUCGGCGGCGACUUCUUCACCGGCUCCGUCCUCGCUGCGACCCUCACCAAGCUUAUCCUCCGCCUCUCUGCCUCGGAAACCGCCGACUCAGCUACCGUCAAUGAGCUCAAAGCCGAGGCGCUCCUCAUCAUGACGAGUAUUGUACGGGUGGGACAGAGCAAGUUUGCCGCGGUGGCGAUUGAUGAGGACAGUCAGGAGCGGAUUAUGAACUGUAUCGAGACACUAGCGGAAUUGGGCGGGGAGAGGGUCAUGAGGGAGGUGUUCUUGGAGGAUACCAAGGCGGCGUAUACCAAGAUGAUUGCGAGUGCUGAGAAGAAGGCGGCGGCAGAAAAGGCGAAGGAGGCAAAGGAUGUUGAGAUUCAGGCGGACGACUUGAUCAGCUUCAGACAAUUGAGCAAGAAGGCUGUCGCGGAUGUUGAUGAUCUUGAUCUUGAUGUGGGUCGGGCAACGGGCGCAGCAGAAGUCAACGACGACUUUGUCUCCAAGCUGAGCCGGAUCGUACAAUUGACAGGCUACUCGGACGCAGUCUACUGCGAAUGCGUAACGACCAUCAACCAAUUCGACGUCAUUCUCAACGUCCUACUCGUCAACCAAACCACCAACACCCUUCAAAAUCUCUCGGUCGACUUCCAGACUCUCGGCGACUUGAAGCUUGUCGAGCGGCCCGCACCCCAUACAUUAGGCCCACACGGGUUCCACCAGAUCAAGGCGACGAUCAAGGUGUCGAGCACCGAGACUGGCGUCAUCUUUGGGAGUAUCACGUAUAGUGUCAAGGGGAGCGAUGCGGAUGCCAACAUUGUGCUGUCGGACAUUCACCUUGAUAUCUUGUCGUUCAUCCAGCCUGCAUAUGUCAAUGAGGCGACCUUCCGAUCUAGCUGGACCGAGUUCGAAUGGGAGAACAAGGUCGCACUUUCCGCGCCCAGCGGCGAUCUGCGCAAAUUCGUCGACCACCUCGCAAAAGAGACCAACCUCCAGAUCCUCACGCCCGAGAACGCACUCAGCGGGGACUGCUCGUACCUCUCUUGCAACAUGGCUGCAAAGAGUCUGUUUGGAGAAGAUGCGCUCGGGAAUAUCAGUCUCGAAUUGGAUGCUAGUGGGGAGAUUCGAGGUCAUUUGAGGAUACGGUCCAGAACACAGGGUAUCGCCUUGUCGCUGGGAGAUAAGAUCACUCUGAGCCAAAAGGCUUUCAAGCCAUAG